GAACCGCCACAUCAUGAAAUGGCAUCACAGCUGUUCCCUUCGCUUUGGACUCGAAAUCAUCGUGUCCUUACACUCUGUACCGGCUGACUUCAAGAUCCUCGAAUGGUUCUCUAUUCCGAUUGUCACCUCAAGCUUACGGUCGCAAGCCAGAAACAGGAAAAGCUAGCACAACCACACUUUUUGCCCCUCCAAUGUCAAGUGUCAACUUUGGGGGAAGGAUUUGGCCUCGGGUGGCGUUUCUCCACGAUAUGUUUUCUUCCGAUGUCAUCAGUGCCAAUCAUUUGAAGCAGUACGCACGACGACAAGUGCGUCUCAAUACUUGAUAAAUGGUGCAAUCGGUCCGUGUGGUUUACAGGACAAUUGGUUUGUGGAAAAUCAUUGCCUCUUCAGAUACCGGUACCUCUAAGGUGAAAUUUAUCUUAAGGGAAUCACUUUUGUUGUUUCUAUUUCCAUGCUUGCCUAUUCCACACAUUCAAUUCACUGUCAUUGACCAUAUCGCUGAUUUGGCUGCUUGUGUAUGCAGAGUUUGAAAAUGUCCGACCCAUUCAGCUCGGAUGGGAGUUUCCGCUCACCAUGAUUUCAUUUAAUGGCCGAGGGUUAGGUUAGAAAUACGUCACUUAUGUUGCUGAACUAUUUCCGUUUAUUUCAUUUUGAGAAGAUCGCUUGUUUUAAUUUAUGUAUGGGCAGUUUAGGGGGUGUGCCAUCUUGCCGCAAUCUCCCAUUGUUGAAAUUCCCAAUCUGGGUUAUGAACAUUAUAUAUUGCCUACCAAUACACUAGGGUGCAGGAUUUGCAUGGCAUUUCCCCUGUCGUACAGAUAGGGGAGCACAACAUGUUAUUCAUUGGCAAGCAUACCGAUUGGCUGGUUCACUGGUAGUCCUUAUGUUGAAGCACAUCCACUUUGCUUUCUAUUGUCUUCAGUUUUGGGGCUUGGAUUAGAGUUCAAUAGUAGGGUUCAACCCUCUUGCCCAUCACUCUCACAGAUCAUCCUUCAACUACAUACUUAACGCUGGGUGCCCUAAUUUAUUUAUCCCGUCUUCCACUCUUAACCUUUGCUUCAACACAUCUUCACGCUUCGCAUAGCUUAUCUGCCAAAUAUGGAGGACCUCAAGCAACACCAUUCUGCAACCGGAUCUGCAGGAACCUCAACUGAUCCAGGCGAUAAUGAGAAACACAUUGGUAUUGUGGUUGAGCAUGCCUCUGGAAAAUCUUCUCCAGGCCUUCCUGAAGAUCCCGAUGCCCAUUUGAGCGAUUCUGAGAAAGCUGAAAUCGUAGGUCUCUUGAGGUAAAGUAACCAGUUUAUACACAUCUAACUGUAUUCCAGGAUCGAAAGCUGUUAUGGAAGCUAGACUUGCAGUUAAUCCCUUGGGUAAGUUGUCAUCUUCACUUUUGAGCAGUGGUGGUCUCUAACUUCUAGGCAGCUUUGCGUAUUGUACCUCCUCUCCUUCCUGGAUCGAACCAAUAUCGGAAAUGCAAAGAUCCAAGGAUUGCAAAAGAGUCUGGGAGGCAUGUCUACGGGUCGCUAUAAUGCUGCACUUACAAUCUUCUUCGUCUCAUAUGCGCUGUUUGAACCUCUUGCGAACAUCCUUCUCAAGCGACUUCGCCCGUCCAUCUUCAUUCCCAUUAUCAUGUAUGACAACAAAUCCUCAGCUUUGACUUCACUCCUAAUGAUAUGACAGGAUACUCUGGGGCGCUUGUAUGCUUUCCAUGGGCUUUAUCAAGAAUUGGAAUGGAUUAAUGGUCGCUCGCUUCUGUCUUGGACUCACAGAAGCUGGCUUAUAUCCCGGUGUGAACUACUUCUUGAGCUGUUGGUACAAGAGACAGGAGUUCGGAAUCAGAGCAGUAAGUCAUCACCUUCAAAUUGCAUGCCUCACGCGCACAAGUGCGGCAUGGUCUUGGCUCUAUGAUUGUACUGAUUCACGUCCAGGCAAUAUUCUUUUCUGCAGCUGCAGUCUCGGGUUCAUUUGGUGGUCUUCUCGCAGCAGCGAUUAGUAAGAUGAAUGGUCUGGCCGGUUUACAAGGAUGGGCUUGGAUCUUUGUCAUUGAAGGUUUGGCUACUAUCUUGAUUGGAAUUGUAUCAUUCUGGUUGGUACAUGAUUUCCCAGAUACGGCGACUUUUCUGUCAGAGCAGGAUCGGGCUAGAGUUAUUCGUCGGCUCAAGCUGGAUAAUCAGUCGAGCGCUGAACAUGAGGAGUUCAAGAUGGCGUAUCUCUAUGCGGCUCUCAAGGAUUAUAAGAUGUACAUCGGGAUGUUUAUGUGUAAGUCAAUUCCCUUUCAUUUAUAUGGAAUGUCUCUGGAAUAAAAGCAAAAACUAAUGUAUCUAGUUGCUGGAUGUGCCAUGCCGUUAUACGGAUUCUCUCUUUUCCUUCCCUCGAUCAUCACCAGCAUGGGCUACAAAAACCCUACAACUGCCCAACUGAUGUCCGUCCCUCCAUACGCGUGCGCUGCCGCUCUUACAAUUGGUGUCGGAUUUUAUGCAGAUAAAACCGGCCGUCGAGGUAUUUGCAAUAUGGUGGUACCCCUCAUUGGCAUCGUGGGGUUUGCUUUACUUCUUGGAUCCCAUGAUGCACAUGUCAAAUAUGGUGGCACUUUCUUAGCGGCCCUUGGUAUUUACCCUUGCAUUGCAAAUACCAUUUCUUGGGUCAGCAAUAAUAUUGAAGGCGUUUACAAGCGUGGAAUUGUUAUAGGAUUUGUUGUUGGGUUUGGAAAUUUGAAUGGUGUUGUUAGCAGCAAGUAAGUAUUCUCUCUAUAUCAACCCACAAUGUUGAAUCCAUUGGAACCACUUUCAAAAGCAGAAUACGAUGUUAAUACUGCAAAGCAUAUUCUUCAAGGCUCCACAAUACGUCGCCGGUCAUGGUGUAAUUCUCGCCUACAUGACAACCUGUCUCCUCGGCUCCAGUCUCCUUAUGCAUGUCCUCCUCAAGCGCGAGAAUGCAGCUAGACGUGCGGGGAAGCGAGACCAUCUCGUUGAAGGCAAAACGGAAGCGGAGGCGGAAGCUAUGGGCGAUAUGCGGCCUACCUUUAUUUACACAAUCUGAUCUGGGGGCUGGGUCUCGUUGAUGAGUGGGAAAAACAGUCACAGUUUUGUUUGCUGCGCCUGUUUCUCCUUGCAGGUUGUUGAUUGAUUUCUUUUGUUGGAAAAUGGAGUUCUUUUGGUCAAUUUGGCUAUCGAAAUUACGGUGGUUCUUUGGAUGUGCAUUAGCUGCUUUAGAUGUGAUGACAUUGGAAGCUUUCGAGCGGGAGACCCGGGCUGGUGUAGACAUACGCAUAGAGAUGAAUCCAUGCGAUGAUGAUUCAAUCUGAU